CGAAACGCUCCAACGCUUGAGGAGCGACUGAUGUGAUUUUCAGCCCACCUACGCUGUGCGUCGCCAGCGUCGACGGAUGUAGUGCCCUCUCUUGCACUCUUUCGAAAGGUUCCAGUUUCUCGUGGUUGUGUAAUCAAAUGGUCAUUGGUGUUGCCGCAUGUUUACAAUUUCGUUACGAUGUGAUGUGUGUUGAUGCGAAGGAUAUUGAUUAUGUGAUUUGUAUUGUCGUCGCUCGGCUUGCUUUUCUUGAUGCAUGUAUGAAAGGGGAGGAAAGAUAAUGGCUCCUGAAACAAACACGGCGAAUGUGAUUGAAUUUGUGAGAAGAAUUCUGUCGGGAUCUGCACAAUGUCAUCAGUUAGACAUCAUUGAAAAUGUUUUAGAAUGCCGCACUGCUCUCAAAAAUGAAGCGUCACACGAUCCUAAAGUAUCCUCAUCGUAUUGUCACCUCAUAAGCGCAUUACUCGAGUGCCUAAACGCAAAUUCUCUCCGUACCUCUGAAGAAGAGGAAUUGUUCAGCAAGCUUAUCCUUUGUGGGGCACCCGAAGACGUGUUACUGAUAUUGACAAGUACGCUUGGAAACACACAACGGAGCUACAAACAGGAUAAGAUAGUGCUGCUUCUGUCUCAAUUCAUAGAAAACGGACACGUUGAAGAAUUGUUGAAGGGCUUCUGUGAGUGCAAGGGCUUUUCGAAAGACGCUUCGUGGAACGAGCUAGAAACUGUUUUGAUAUCCAUCCCAGAACGUCUCGCAAACGUUUGUGGAACAAACGUAAAAAGCUCUCUCACCUCCGAGAACUACUACAAGACGAUAUACCGAUCACUGCAUCUGACCCUUUUGCAUCUCUGCGACAAAAUACGGGUCGGUACUGAUGUCAACGUAACCUACUUAAGCCGCUUACUGGGAAGGUUAUGCGCAACAGGAAAUGCUCUCUGCUUUGCAAGAGUAUUGCUACCCCAACUGGUGAAACACGCCAAAGAAGACUUCAUAUUUCGCCGGUUAUGCCACACACUCGUCACCAACGUUCCGGAUUCCUCGUUAGAAAGUGUAAUGACAGCUAUUCUAGCACACCUUACUUGCUACACCCAAGUCGACUGGUUAUGCGGCGAUAGCGUGUGCACGUCCAGCUCAUUAAAGUACAUUUUCACUAUGAAACUGCCAUUAAUGCGCAGUUUUGAAAAGGACGACGUGCUGAAGAACGUAAUCGGACACUUGGCAUCUUCCGAGCGGAGAAGGCCCUUGUUCCAAGACUUACUUCGUGAGGUCCUUUGUGCUUGGGGUGACAAGACUCUCAUGACGCACCAGGGAGAGCUACAACAGAACUAUCUCACGCGAGCACUCAUGAUAUCGGUCGGGCACUUGCGGGAGCACGGGUGCCCAAAAUCUGACGACCUCGUGCGUGUCCUCCUGCAUGGUGUGCAGAACCACAUAGCGUCACCGGAAGAGAAGAUUAGGCACUACGGUAUGGUCGUGGCAGAAAAUUUGAGUUCUGUACUCCAGCCUCAUGGACCUAAGCUGAAGUUUGAGUAUGAAAGCAAUCCCGAGACCGCACAUCUGGAAUCCCUGACGAACAUAUCCGAAACGGAUAGCAUAGAGCCUGUCUGUGGGAGUGAUGUCGUGGAAAUCAGAAGACAGUCGGAAGAAUCGAAACCAACGGUAGAGUACAAGGAUUUGGAUAGUGAUGACGACCUUGAACCGUACGAUAUGUCACAUGACACACCAUUGGCUAACAAGAAGCCAAGGUACCUCAGGGAUUGCAUGGAAGGUCUGCUUGAAGGCGAGAAGCCAGAAUGGUUCGAGUCUUGCCUCCAGAGCGUCGAGGAGCUAAUUACGAAAUGCCGAGACGAGCUUCGAGACGUUGCAGCAGAACUUGCAAAGAUAUUGCUGUACCUUGAGGACAAGUUUUCUACAGACGGUUUCGUGAGCUCGAGACAACGGAGCUUAGUAGUGCUCACCGUGCAGUGUCCGAAGAAGGUGGCGGAGUACCUCACCGCGCAGUUUUACGACCGAAACCUGAAUAUUAGGCAGAGGCUCGAUAUCCUAGAAGUGCUUGCCCUGGCGAGCCACGAGCUUUCCACACCUGUUGCUCAAAAACCUCCGCAGAACACCUCCGUCUCUAGAAUCGCAGAGAAGCACUGGGAGGUUGUAGUCCGUGAACGAAUAGCUGCAAAGACCAGGCACUUCAGCAAGGGCAGGUCAAGGGAGGAAACACCAGCCAAGAAUAGGUUUGCAGAUGUUGCCGGAUUUUUUUUCUACCCACUCAUGAGAUACUACGACAGGGGUCAGAAUACGUUUGAUCUCCUGGGUGACGACAGCUUCGUGUUAGCGCGCCUCAUUUACACCCUCGGAAUCAUCCAGAGUUCCGCGGUGCAUUCUCCGAGAAGUUGCCACAUGGCGAGGUGCCUGCUGGAGUUCGUAAAUUCCCUGCGGUACCACGUAGAAGCCUACGUGCGUGAGGCGAUACUCUUUUCGUUGUCUAUGGUAUUCAUCAAUAUCCCACCAAGUGUUCUGGUUUCGGAAGUGUGGAGUGAAAUGCAAGAGCUGCAGUGCUGGUUAGGGUCGGUCGUUGAGAAUGACACCAGCGAGACCUGUAAAAUGCGAGCUGCGCAAGUUCUGCACCUGUUGAGUGCAGUGAUGCGCGAACAGGCACCAGCACUAGGGGAAUGAACAAACUGGAACACCUUUGUAUCUAUUUUAUUGACCGUACUAGUUCAUUCUCCUGCCCGGGCGUCAUAGCUCUUCGCAAUAAUCUAUUAAAAAACAUGUUAAAACUGACGUCUGGUAAAAUCACUACGUCACGUUACGGCAUGCUUAAAUGCAAGCUGCUUCUGGUAAAACAAGCUUUUUGUCCCGCAAUAAAUUCAGAAAGGGUA